AUCAACGAAAGCAUCCAACUAUACAGCCAACAUGAUCACCAAAGCUGCGAUCCUCACUUGCCACGUGUCACUCCGCAAGUGGUUCGAUAGUCAUCCCAGUUCGCAUCACCAAACUUUCCAUACUCAUGACCAUAGCUGAAAUAUCAAAAUAUCAAACUUGAAACCCACUACUGUCUCAAUUGGGCAUGACAGAAUUCCAGUCUUAAAAAGAUUCAAUUUUUGGCUCAAGGCAACCUUUCAAUUACAAUUCUUGAAGCGGUUAAGGCUUUCUGAGCAAUAGAUAUCUGAUUAUCCAGAAUUAUGCAAUGGAGGCCCUUAAUGCUGUCGGUUUGACCCCACUAUCUGUACUUUCAGAAAGAAGAACUGAACCCAGAAAAUAUCUACCGUUCCACGCAGUUCCUCAGAUCAAGACGUGCCCGACAUUAGCAAAUUUUAGGAGGGAUUCUGCAAAAGUAGCUGGGGCUUUACCGAAAACUAUUGGUGCGGGUAUAGUGCUACUAUCCUCCGUUCUUGGUAGUGGAUCAGCUGAAGCACUAUCAUAUGAGGAAGCAUUACAGCAGUCACUGGGGGAAUUCCCCAGUUUAGACUUGGAUGCCUUUGAUGUCAGUGGAGUUAUUGAUAGUGUUACCAACUUUGUAGCGGAAAAUCCUCUAGUUGUAGGUGGGGGUGUAGCCAUUUUGGCUGUGCCACUUCUUUUAUCUCAGGUGUUUGGUAAGUCUAAGCCAUGGGGUGUUGAGUCUGCCAAGGCUGCUUAUGCAAAAUUGAAUGAUGAUGCCAGUGCUCAACUGCUUGAUAUAAGACCACCGGUAGAAUUAAGGCGAGUAGGCAGUCCGGAUGUUCGAGGUUUGAAGAAGAAGCCAGUGGCUGUUGCUUAUAAAGGUGAUGAUAAGCUGGGGUUCUUGAAGAAAUUGUCUUUAAAGUUUAAGGAACCAGAAAACACUACACUAUUCAUCCUAGACAAAUUUAAUGGGAACUCAGAACUGGUUGCGGAGCUUGUGACAGCAAAUGGCUUCAAAGCUGCUUAUGCAAUCAGAGAUGGAGCAGAAGGAUCCCGAGGAUGGAUGAGCAGUGGUCUUCCGUGGACUCUUCCAAAGAAAUUCAGCCUUGAUCUCAGCAAUUUGACUGACACAAUUGGUGGUACCGUUGGUGAGGCAGAUGCGACAUCUGUAAUUCUUGGCAUUGCUGCUGCAACUGGAUUAGGAUUGCUAGCAUUCUCAGAGGUCGAAACAAUUCUGCAAGUAUUAGGUUCAGCUGCGCUUGUCCAGUUAAUUGGCCAAAAAUUCCUGUUUGCAGAGGAUAGGAAGAAAACUCUAGAGAAAGUUGACGAGUUUUUGACCACGAAGGUUGCCCCUAAGGAGCUUGUAGGUGAUGUUAAGCUAAUUGGGAAGGCUCUUCUACCGUUACCCGUGACUAGCAAGGCGCUACCUGCACCUACAGAAGCAAACCCUGGUACAAUUGGUAGCACGACAGAGAGAGUUGAAUCGGUUCCUGGGGUGAGUGAUGCGCCAUCUAAAGUAGAAGCAGUCGCAGAGCCAACAGCAGAAAUCAAUUCAGUUCCUAAAGCAGAAGUUGAAACAGAUUCACUGCCUGGAAUUUCAAGACCUCUUUCUCCUUACCCUAAUUAUCCGGAUCUGAAGCCUCCAGCAUCUCCUAUGCCUGCACAACCAUAAAGUUUGAAGUGCAAAUUUUUAAGCUUCAGGCACUUAAAAUGCAGGUUUGAGUCGGGACAUGGCAGAGCUACUUCAUGAAUUCUUCAAUAUGUGCUGCUCGCUGAAAAUUUUUGAACUUGUGAUUACCUAAGUGAAAGAUCCAGGGACACGAUUUCCAUCAGUUGACGAUACUUAAGUUAGUUGCGGCAUCUCUGGUUUGGAGUAACAUCUUAUAUGUUGUGUGGUUAGGUUUAGAUCUAUUUGGGUUUACUGAUGUGCUUGAUUUCACCAUCUUAAACUCAUGAGAAACGGACAGUAAGCAAAGGGUGAAUGAAGAAAGUUGAUGAUGCUUGAAUGCUAGUAUCGUUACAUUUCCUUCGUAUCCAUGCUCUUACAGUCCACAACUUAGAAGUGUCUGGUGUUAAACAAGGGAUUCCUAAUUGCGUCUUUGAAAUAUGCCUGAUUCGGGCAUCUUACUAUGUGCACAAUUCAUCAA